UCUUUCCCCUCUUUUCCUAGCUGAGAAGCCAUCUUUUGAACAGGAGGACAUCAUGCAAAACACGUCUCGCAGACGGAAACGUUGCCGUCCGCGCUCGUCCCGACAGCGUUUAGUUGAGAAACCUUCUGCUUUGUUCAGUUAUGUGGCUUCUCAAUACGAAGACCCUCGCCCUCGAGAGCUUCACGGACCCAUCAGAGGUUGGGUACGCGAUACUCUCGCACACAUGGGGCAACGAUGAGGUCUCUUUCCAGGAAAUGUCCUCCACCACUAUGGCACCGACGACCAAGAGCAAGGCAGGCUUUGACAAGGUCGCAAAGACCUGUGAGAUUGCACAGGAGAAGGGCCUGGGAUACGCGUGGGUCGACACCUGCUGCAUCGACAAGUCCAGCAGCGCCGAGCUGAGCGAAGCCAUCAAUUCCAUGUUCCGGUGGUACCAGGAAGCGAAAGUCUGCUUGGUGUUCCUUUCGGAUCUCCGCCCGGAAGUUGGCGGCACUGGACCUGGGGUCUAUGAGAUAUCCGACCUGUCUAGGUGUAAGUGGUUCAGUCGCGGCUGGACUCUGCAGGAGCUCAUCGCACCGACUGUCGUGGAGUUUUACGAUGCUGGGUGGACGUUAAGGUUCUCCAAGGACGAGUGGCCAGUGUGCCUAUCGACUGUAACCAACAUCGAUGUCGAAAUCUUGACAUUCGAAAAGGAACUAUCCGCUGUCCCCGUCGCCGUCAGAAUGUCCUGGGCAGCACAUCGCCGAACGACCCGUGUCGAAGAUCGUGCCUACUCUCUCCUAGGGCUCUUUGACAUCCACAUGCCCAUGAUCUACGGCGAGGGCGCCAAAGCCUUCCAGAGGCUCCAGGAAGAGAUUGCCAAGGGCACGGAUGAUUUGUCGCUUUUCGCCUGGGUAGCAGUUGAUGAAGAACAGCGGUAUAGAGGCAUAUUCGCAAAAGAACUCGCGGAAUUCACAUUCUGCGGCAACUAUAUCCGAUACAACCGGCUUACAUCGGACCGGAUCGAGUUCUCCGUCAUCAACAAAGGCGUCCGAUUUACACACCUCUUGGGCAUGGACACGGAGGGAAGCGCCACUUGGUCGCUCCCUUUUGUAACACAAGGCGACUGCCAAAUUUGUCAUUAUUCACAUCGCAUUCACAUCGGCCUGGUUUUCACCGCCGAGGGUUGGGUCCGCGCGACGCCAGGGCGCUGCCGGUACCAGAGUGAGGUGCCGCACGCUAGCGGCUUAAUCGACGUAUGCGUCCGGAGGACGGUCACAGCCUCAGAGAGCCGGAGAUAUGAGCAGCGGCCCGGCCACUUCUUCAAGCUGGAGUGGCAUCCGGAAGACUGCCUCGACAGAUUUGGCAAGCUUCUCUUCGUCGAGCCCAGCGACCUCUGGGACCCCGUCCAUCGGGGAUUCGUGGGGGAAGCUCAGACUGAAGAUUUUAUGGGCAUCAUCAAGAUAUCCUUACGCGCGCUGCCAUCGGAUGUCGUAGUCUUACUAUUUCUAUACAAGGCCAAAGAUCAAUCCCCUAAUGUCCAGCUCUUUCUAGGCUCAACCUGGCCCUGGGAGUUGAAGGAGGGCCAAGCCCACUACCCUGAGUUUAUGUUCUCAGACAUACAUAUGGAGUUGUAUAAGCGUUCCCUGCUAUAUUUCUCCCCUAGUAAUUUGUCGUCUGCUCGAGCCACUUCCGGUGAUCGCCAGUUCCCUGCCGAUUUGACCUGCACGGCAGAAGUGGACGAGGAAAUGCGCCUUAUAGUAUCUUGUAAAUAUAUCAAGGGGCCUCAAACGGCACAGGAGCAGGAAGAACUUCCAUUACUAACUAAUAACUCCGCGCAGAGGCUUUCUGAUGAACCUGAGAGUUGAUAUGUGCGAGGUUCGGAAUAGCAUUGUAGACAUCUCAGCUUAUGGCAGCAUAUCUUCCAGAGAUGAAAACCCUAUAGCUGAACGCAGCCAGCAUCGAUCUAGCUUUGAUCAAUAACAGAUUCUCCAUGUGCUUUCUUUCAGUUCGAUGCUAGAGAUUUUAAGAUGGAAACAAGGCCGCUUUGGGUCGUUGUCCCCAUACACUGACUCCCACAUAAUGCCUCGUAAGCUCGUCAAUCCUUACCUACUUACCUUGGUAUAUUGAGUUCUCAUAUACCCUCAAUCACGUUUCCAUCUGCUCGUCCCCAAAU